AUGCCGGCAGCACUGCCAGCAUCCCUCAAGGUGAUCGACCUGUCGAGCAACUACCUGGAGGGCACCUUCCCCACCACCACCGCCACCUCCGUCGCCUGCGCCAGCAACUGCCUGCAGGACGCCUCCAAGUGCCUCGCCGGCUCUGCUCAGCGCGCUGCAGGCGCCUGUGCCAUCUGCGAGACGCCCAACGCCACGGGCAGGAUGUGCGGUGGCGGCAUCUGCACGCCCAACGCCACGGCGCUCAUUGCGGCCAACACCAACAACGCGGACACGGCGUCGCUCUACUGCCUCGGCGCCACCAUGGAUCCCGUCAUGGCGGCGGCGCUGCUGAACAUGAGGGCAUCGCUGGGGGUGACGUUCACGGACUGGGCGCUCGACUCGCCGUGCACCAUCCAGGGGCUGGCCCCGCUGCCAGGCGCCUGGUCCAACGUCGUCUGCAACGUCUCCGGCAAAGUCAUGUCGCUCAAUCUGGCGCAGCAGAAGCUCCAAGGGAGCAUGCAUGCGGACAUCUCCAAGCUCACUGCCCUCACCUACAUCAAUCUGCGCACCAACCUCCUGGAGGGUCAUCUGGACGUCUUCACCACCAACUUCAAGGCGCUCACCGCGCUCAAGGAAGCCUACCUGGACUUCAACUGGUUCACAGGCCCCAUCCCUUCCACCCUCGUCUCCAUCGCCACCCUCUCCACCUUUGGAGCGAGCUACAACUACCUGUACGGGGCCAUGCCCACUCCAGGCGCGGCACUCAAGGCCAUAGCGCUGGACGGCAACUGGCUGUCGGGCACCUUCCCCGGCGCCGGCUUCUCCUCCUGCUCCGCCACCGCCAACUGCCUCACCAGCAUCGGCGCCUGCACCACGGGAGGCACCGUGCAGCGCGAUGCGGUUGCCUGUCCUGUCUGCGACAAACUGGAUGGCUCGGGCACAGUGUGCGGCGGCGGCACGUGUGCGCCUGACACAACUGGUCCUCUCGCCAGCAGCACUCCCAACAGCGCCACGGCGGCGGUGCUGCCGCGCUUCUGUGUGGGCGUGCCACUGGACGCCACACAGGGCAACAUCCUGUUAGCACUCAAGACCACUCUGGGCGUCACCUUCUCUGAUUGGACCGCCUCCACACUCGCCGCCCCCAAGGCCACCUCGCCCAAGCCCAAGACCGGCAAGAAGCCCAAGGGCGGGUCGAAGCGGCGCACCCUGCAAGGGAGGGGGUCGGGGCUGCUGUACGACUGGAAGGCGGUGGGGUCGUGCACCAUCGUCGGCCAGACGCCCAUCGCUGGCUCGUGGACUGGCGUGCGCUGCUCUCCUCUUGGCCAGAUCGUCGGCCUGGACCUGCGGAGCCAGCUGUUGAGUGGCACAGUGCACUCCGACAUCAGCAAGCUCUCCACCCUCACCUCGCUGCGGCUGUCGUCCAACCUCUUCUUCAACCGCCUCGACUCCUACAUCGUGCCCAUCACACCUGCAGCCACCCUCAAGGAGGUGUCAGUGCCGCCACGCCUCCGCCCCUCCAUGAUUCACCCGGCUCGUCCUCCCACCAUUAUCUCUGCCCUCUGCUCUCAUGUUCCUUCAUUACUUCACUUUCGCUCUCUCCUGUCCACUCAAGCCCAAAACAUUGAAUCUUCGUGUGUAAACAAUGCACCUUGUCCCUGCGUGUGCAUGUGUGUGCGUGCUCCCUCAUCCCUCUCUCCACCAGCUUCAUCAACUUCAAUUGGUUCUACGGCACCGUCCCCACCACGCUUGUCAACAUGCCAGCCCUCUCCUUCCUGUAAACCCCUCGCCCUAUACCUCCCUCCACCCAACUUCUCUUCCCCAACUACUUGCCUGCCCCAUCCCUCACACCCACUCCCGUUCUUCAUACCGCUCCAAGCUCCCCUUCACGCAUCCGUUCCUAACACACCCCGCUUGCUUCCUGUGCAUGCGACCCCCAGCGUGGUGAGCAACAACUACCUCACGGGCACGCUGCCCAAGCCAGCAGCGACACUCAAGGGGCUCGACACAGAGUACAAUUUCCUCUCAGGCACCUUCCCCGCCGCCUCUCUCGCCUUCUGCUCCGCCCGCGGCAACUGCUUCCUCGACGCCACUGCCUGUGUGAACAUCGACGGCACAGCACAGAGGGGAGCGGGGUGCAACGUGUGUGCGUCACCCAAAGGGCAGCUGCCGCUGUGUGGCGGGGCGGUGUGCACGCCCGACCCCUCGGCGUAUGUGGCGUCCAAAGUGCCAAACAGCGCCACCGCUCCCACCCUCGCCCUCAAGUGCCCUGCUUUCCCCCUCGACGCUGCCACCUCGGCGGCGCUGGUGAACAUAGGGGCGGCGCUGGGAGUGACGCACUCGGACUGGAGCACCAACAGCGUGUGCAACAUCCUCGGGCAGAACGUCGCCCCCAAGUCCUGGCCGGGCGUCUGGUGCAGCGGCAGCGGAGCCGUCACGAUGCUGUGA